AGGAUCAUUCGCCUCAAGUUAACUCAUAAUCCGCCCGGCACUUUUAAAGAAGAUCGUCGCUGGACCUCCGCCGAAGAUCAAUUGUUCAAGAAGAUGGCUGUGAUCGAGUUGAAGCUGCAAGAAGAAAUUCACUUGGCGGCGUAUCUCUCAUGUUGGAUAUGCACGUUCGUCCUCCCCAAAGGCGACGUCGACAUAAUUCGCCCAGGCACCUUCAAGAUGGCAAGUAUGAUGGCCAAGGGUUGUAUAGUCGGCCUCGCAGUUCCGGUCUUAACGAGCAUCUACAAAGGGCUGAACGAGCUUACAAGCUGCAAAAGUCCAUCUCGAUCCACAUUUCUGGUCCACUUCGAUUAUAGCUGGCUGGCGCUUUACUUUAAAACUCACUUCACAAUUGGUCAAACGCACAAACCCUUGAUGGUGACAUAUUCUGGUGAAAAUGGCGCAAGACACUUUGUCCCUGAGGAAGCCCGUAGACGUAUCCACAAGGGGGACUUCGCUUCAUGGACUUGCAAUAUCAUCAUCAAAAACCAGACUUCCCGGUACGUCGAUGAUCAACGAAGGCCUAGAUACGAAUGGAGGUAUUUCACGGCGAUUCGGUCUAACUACCUUACAUGGCGCCAAGGCAAUCGCUUUUUCAUUGAGCCAUAUAGUCCUCAUCGUUUCAGUCGCCAAUUUGGGUUUUAUCAAGAUGUUCCUGGUACUUUGAAGAAAGACUUCCGCGAGGGCUCUCUUGACAACGGAAUUUACUAUUGGCAGCAAAGCGUUCUAUGCGGAUCCUCAUCCAAAGCUUCGUUGCCUUGCGUAUCUCCAGAUCCGAAGAAAUCAACACAAGCUUAUAAGUCGUGGUGGCAACAAGUUCACAGAGGCUAUCUUGAGCGCCAUAUAGAGGAUUUGCUUGCAUCAAAGCCGAACAUGAUAUCUUCGAGAGGCAAAGAGCCAGUUGUUGACCAGGGUGAUUCUACAAGUGGAGAUCAUGAGGCGCUUCUUGCCAGAGUGGUCUUCUCGCUUCUUCGACUUUACCACCACAUCAUCAACAUAGCAUUCGAUGUUCUUGUGGAGUAUGUCAUCAAACACUUUUUGCAUUGCCCUUUGAUAUGUCAUCAACCUCUCCAGCCUGGAGGAGAGGUUGAGGAAAUUCAGAUGAUCGAGGGAUGCGAGGAUAGAAAGUUCAGAAUUGGGAAGGAUCUGGAGGAGCCCAUUCGGUCGAGGCUAAUUGACUUGGUAAGGGAGUUUGCGGAUAUUUUUGCCUAUACAGCUGAGGUGUUAACAGGAAUAAGUGCGGAGGUGAUUGAACAUCGACUGAAUAUCGACCUCAGCGUGAGGCCGGUGAAGCAGAAGAGGAGGCAUCAUGGGGCGGAGAUGGACAAGAUUAUCGAGCAGGAGGUUGAAAAACUGUUGGGAGCAGGGCAUAUUGAGGAAAUUCAAUUCCCCGAGUGGUUAUCGAACACAGUGAUGGUGUCGAAGUCGGAAGGAAAAUGGAGAAUGUGCAUUGAUUUUCGUGACUUGAACAAGGCGUGCCCGAAGGAUCUAUAUCCACUGCCCCGAAUCGACCAGCUGGUCGACUCAACGGCAGGAUGUGAGUUGCUGAGCCUGAUGGAUGCAUCCCAAGGGUACCAUCAAAUUCCCUUGGCUAGAGAAGACAGAAAGCGGGUGAGUUUUGUGACUAGUCGAGGGACCUACUGUUACGUGGUCAUGCCGUUUGGUUUAAAGAAUGCGGGUGCCACAUAUCAAAGAUUGGUCGAUAAGAUUUUUAAGGAGCAGCUGGGAAGGAAUAUGGAGGUAUACGUGGAUGAUAUGUUGGUGAAGAGUAAGGAGGAACUCGAUCAUGUGCGAGAUUUGAAAGAAACAUUCUUGACGUUGCGGAGAUAUGGGAUGAAGUUGAACCCGGCCAAGUGCUCUUUCGGGGUAAGAUCGGGCAAAUUUCUGGGCUACCUGGUCACGAGGAGGGGGAUCGAGGUCAACCCAGAGAAACUGAGGGCGGUAAUCGAGAUGCAGCCCCCCACGAAGGUGAAGGAAGUGCAGAUCUUAACUGGUCGAAUAGCAGGCCUGAGUCGUUUUAUUUCCAAGGUGGCCGAGAAGAGUGGGCCCUUAUUUAAGACACUCCCGAAGAGCUCGAAAUUUCAAUGGACAGAAGAAGCGCAGAGAGCGUUUGAGGAGUUGAAGAGGAUGUUGGUCGAUUUGCCGUUAUUAGCAAAACCGUUGCAAGGGGAGGACUUGGUGUUGUAUGUUUCCAUCGGGGAGGCGGCAGUAAGCUCUGUGUUGUUGCGGGAGGAAGGAGCAGCCCAGUUUCCUAUUUAUUACGUAAGUAAAGUGAUGCAAGGGGCUGAAAGGAGAUACUCAGAGAUCGAAAAGGGGGCUUUGGAAGUGGUGGUUACUGUAAGGAAGCUGAGACCAUAUUUCUUGGAGCAUAGGGUGAAGGUCCGAACGAACAUGCCAUUGGGAGAAACGCUGGGUCGACCCUCCGUGUCGGGGCGAUUAGUUAAAUGGGCGGUCGAGUUAAGUGAAUACACAAUUAUCUACGAGCCAAGGAGAGCAAUUAAGGCCCAAGCGUUGGCGGAUUUUAUUCAGGAGGGGACGAAGGAAGGCGAGGAGCUCGAGGGGGUAUGGCAAGUAUUUGCAGAUGGAUCG